UUUAAUUCAAUAAUAAACAGACGAUUUCCUAUCUUAUACGUAUGUUCUUAAAUUUUAUGCUAUAAAUAUGAGACUUAAGUUUCACCAAUUUUACCAAAAACAACAAAAUGGCUUUAAAGGUUGGAACUAUCCUUCUUGUCUUCGUUUGUGGUGCAAUUCUUUCAGGAGGCAACCUGAAAAAUGUUGAUGCACAAAAAAUUUGCCCACAAUUUUGCUAUGAUUCAGUUGCAUACAUGACUUGCCCUUCUUCAGGUGAUCAACACCUCACCCCAAAAUGCAAUUGUUGCCUUGCAUCAACUGGAUGUAUACUUUAUGAAGCAGAUGGUACUCCUAUUUGUACUGCUGAUUGAAAUACAUAACUAUGUAACACUUUUCUGAAUUUCAAUAAUUAUGUUGUAAUAUGUUUGUUAAAAAAAUUGUAAUCAUUUGAAAGCAUAUGGAACUCCUAUUUGUAUGUAAUAUGAAUAUGGAUAUGGAUUGAUGUGAUGUGAUGUGAAUGUGCAUUCACAUACACAAAGACCACCUUUUUAAAUUUCAAUAAUUAUGUUGUAAUAUGUGUGAUAAAAUAUUAUAAUAAAUUGUAUUUAUAAAAAAUACAA